AGCGCACCCAGGCCUGCACUACAACAUCUAGUGGUGCUGCCGUCACGCCGACGCAGGCGCAGAUCGGCGCCGGCACGCUCGAUGGUGUGAGGCUCUUCACGGAGGACACGCACCGCCGCUUCCACGGCGUGUCGGCGGGAGGAGAAGCCCGGCUACCCACCUCGCCGCUUGUCUUGGAGGUGGCGCAACUGUUCGGUCCUGUCGCUGGACUGCCUUCUUCACUACUUCGCAUGCGACCUGUCGAGGUUUGGCUUCAUGGGCGGCUACAGCCGUACCUGCACCUACCGCGGCAAGGAGAAACUCCCCUGGCAUGGCCAUCACGUAUGCACCGAGGGGCGCGAUGGAGGAAAACCUCGCCUGGGACCGCAUCUUCAUAAAUGUAGGUGUGCUCUGCUUCGUGUGCCGCCCGGCGGAUGGGCCCGGUCACCACUGUCGCCUUCGAGGACCGCAAAGGCAACUGCCCAAUGAGGCUCAGCGCUGCGGCGAUGGUGACUCCAGCGGGGGCUUUGCGACGGACGUUUUGCUGAGAAUGAAAUGUCACUCGUUGCCCCCUCUUCGACCCGGAACUGACGAAGUCUUCGGCGACGAACACCGAUCACACGACCGGCGACGGCGUCAAGGUCGCCAAGCAAGUUGCCCCCGGUCUCGUCGACACGGACCGCAUGUUCAGGUACACCCGUUCGACCUCGUCGACCAGCGCAGCUCAAACAGCCACGUCGAGCUCUACAAGGGCAGAGGCGACACGCGGAGCCGGCGGCAUCGUGGUGGUCAGACACGGGCAGCGCUUUAUGGACGAGAUGGCGCGCCGCGAUCAGGUCCGCGGCGCCAUGCUGAAACGCGAGAGCAUCACCCAAGGCCGACAAUCGCGGCCCCCCCCUCUCCCCCCUCCCUCCUCAUCGUUUUGGCAAGACGAUGCACCGCGACGGAGGCACUUUUAUCAUGAACGGUCUGCACGUUAACGAACACACCGAGGUGCUGGGUGUAACGACGAAGAGACCGAUUCCUGGCCUGCACUGUGCUGGCGAGGCCGCUGGCCGGGUGCACGGCAAGAACCGGCUCCGCAGUAACUCGCUCCUGGACUGUGUCGUGUACGGCUUCGCGGCUGGAGAGGCAGUGCUCAAGUACCUCCUCGCCCCGCACAUGAGGCUCUUCUCAAACAAGCGCCUGAGCACGAUCUACUCACGCCUCGCCAUCCAGGACUUACUGCGGUUGCCGCCGAUUCCAAAGGUAGUCGCAUCCCUUGCUGCAACAUCCGCCGAUACGGCAGGGGCACCGGCUGCCGGUAAGGCAACUCCUGUUGUCAACAACUCUUCCCUGGCUGUCGCCGUGUGUGGAGAGGAGAACAAGGGCCGGGGCGCUCUACAGCGAGGCGAUUCCCUCCCCAACAAUGACACGAGCGGCAGGCGGGCGGGUGGGAGGGGGGUGCGCCUGUCCGUGAGGGCGGUGCAUCUACUCGGACAGACCCGCACAUGUCAGCACGGUGACGUGAGCGGCGGUAUCACCAGCGGUUCGAGCGGGCCACAUGCGAUGGUUGAGAGCUGUGGCUGAUGCCAAGCACCCUGCUGAGCUUCGACCUGGCGAAGGCGGUCAUUUCCACCUGGGCGUGCGAGCGGCAGGGGUGCGAGAGUGGAUGUGGUCAACCGCCUCAAGAGCCCCUGUGUUGGUAAAAGGGGGUGGGCCCACUCCACCUUCCCCUGCACGGGAGCCAGCCAGACCAAUGCGAUUGAUCGAUGUCGCCGGAGCUCUGAGCAGCGAGCGCCGCGAGGAGACGAAGACACCUCACAAGGAGCUCUCGAGCGCCCAGCCGCGCGCCGCACUCGUCCUGAAGCUGGCGUGGCACUCCGCAGGAAGGAUGGGGCAAUAUCCGAGGGCUCGGAGAACUCGCCGACGACUUCAGUGUGCGCAUCUCACGACCCGCCAUGAAAAGGAUGCGAAGCUCCGCGGGCCAUAUGCGGCAGGGGCGCCGUUGCCGCGAGAGGACGCGCUGCUGCAGCUGAAGCGGAUGAAGUGUCGACGUCCACCGCAGCGCCUCUUUGCGGACGUGACUCGCUAGUACAGACGUGUACCCGCCAAGCCGGUUCGGCGGAGUCCAGCCGCAAGGGCGGGCUGCAGACGCGCUGACAAACCAUGGGUAUCUCACAGCGAAUCACUCGGCACACGCAGAGCCCCGAGCGGCGAUGCUGUGUCUGCAGUCCCUGCUCUCAGAAGGGUCGGUGGGGGCCAGAGACCGGACACUGCGCAUCGCACCGGCCACGGGUCAGCCUGCAAUCGCGGCAGCACAGGGGACGCACCACGGCUUCGGCGGAGUCGGAAGAGGCCACUGGCUUAACCGGCUGUGUACGCACACAAGAAGCCUCUACUUAUCAGAGGGGGCGUCGAUGCGGCGCUCUUUUACAUUGCAAUCCAGCAAAACUUGGUGAAUGGCCUGCCGCGCAGCCUCGCCAAGGACUGCGGCACCACUCGAGGUGCCACGCGCCGCCCCGCCGACGACUCGGCACUGCCUUUACUCGGGCCUGA